AUGCUGGCCACAAGAUCUGUUGCAGCCGCCUCGGCGGUCCUCAGGACGGCGACUCGCACUGCUCUGCCUCGUCACCUUGCUGCUCGCGUUGCCGCUUCCGCUUCGACACGUAGCGCUGCUGCCUCGGUCGCUAGCAGUGGCCCCAUUAGCCCUCGACAGCUCCACUCGAGCUCCGUGCGAGCUGCUGACACCAAGGGCGAGGCGAUGAGCUCUCCCUCCGCCCCCCUCACGGACGCUCUCUCCAAGACGGGCUUGUACGAUUUCCACGUCAAGAACGGCGGCAAGAUGGUUCCGUUCGGCGGCUACCUCAUGCCACUCACAUACGGCGAUGUGGGCCAAGUCGCUUCGCAUCACCACGUCCGAACUCACGCCGGUCUCUUCGAUGUCGGCCACAUGGUGCAGCACCGAUUCAAGGGCCCCGGUGCGCUCAAAUUCCUGCAGCACCUGACACCAGCAUCGCUGACAUCGAUGCCUGCGUUCACUUCGACGCUGUCCGUGCUCAUGUCGGAGCAAGGUGGAAUUCUGGACGACCUCAUCAUCACCAAGCACGCUGAGGACAGCUUCUACGUCGUCACCAACGCGGGCUGCCGUACCGAGGACUUGGCAUGGUUUAAGAAGCAGCUCGAUGCUUGGAAGGGGGAUGCUGUCCAGCACGAGGUUAUGGACGACUGGGGUCUUCUUGCUCUGCAAGGUCCAACAGCGGUCACGGUGCUCGAGAAGCUCGCUGGCGACUUUGACUUCAGCACCCUCACUUUUGGCAAGAGCGCCUUUGUGCCUUUGCGCGUUGGCGGCGACAAGGUCGAGUGCCAUGUUGCUCGAGCAGGCUACACGGGCGAAGACGGUUUCGAGAUCUCUAUCCCUCCCGCAUCGACCGUUCAGGUUGCCGAGGCAUUGCUGUCCGACAGCGAAGUACAACUGGCCGGUUUGGCAGCGCGAGACAGUCUGCGACUCGAGGCGGGCAUGUGCCUGUACGGCCACGAUCUCGAUGCCACCGUCAGCCCCAUCGAGGCGGCCCUGGCAUGGUGCGUGGGCAAGGACCGACGUGCCGCCGGCGACUUCUUGGGCGCCGAACGUGUGCUCAAGGAGCUCAAGGAAGGACCACCCCGCCGACGAGUGGGUCUCUUUGUCGACGGAGGCAUCGCACGAGAAGGCGCCAACCUGGUUUCUCCCGAAGGCAAGAUCGUGGGCCGCGUCACAUCAGGCAUCCCCAGUCCGACUUUGGGCAAGAACAUCGCCAUGGCCUUGGUGGAGAACGGUCAACACAAGAAGGGCACCAAGCUCAAGGUCGAGAUCCGAAAGAAGCUGCGUGAUGCCGAGGUGGCCAAGAUGCCCUUCGUCGAGAACAAGUUCUUCCGAGGGUGA